AUGUAAAGCAGUGCAAAGCCGCCAUUUCGUAUUUCUAGUUGCGUACACAAGUAGAUUAUAAAUCAAAACAUUGUCUAUGGCAGCUCCAAAAAUGGCCACAAAAGCAACCACAAUAAAAGACGCUAUUAAGCGAUGGGAAGAAAAAACUGGCCAACAUGCUGCAACAGCCACAGAAGUGAGUUUCAUUUUUCAAUGGCCACCUAUAGAAAAAAUGGAUAACUCUUUAUCCUGUCUUGCAAAUUGCGAGAAAUUGAGUUUAUCAACAAACAUGAUUGAAAAAGUAACUGGCUUGAACAGUUUGAAGAAGCUUCGUAUUUUAUCUUUAGGAAGAAAUUACAUUAAAUCUUUUGCUGGCAUGGAACCCUUAGGCGACACGCUAGAAGAAUUAUGGAUAUCAUAUAAUUUGAUUGAAAAAUUGAAAGGUAUCAACGUUUUAAGGAAUUUAAAAGUAUUGUAUAUGAGCAAUAAUUUAGUUAAAGAAUGGAGCGAAUUUAAUAAACUGCAGGAGUUACCGAAUUUAGAAGAUUUAUUAUUUGUUGGCAACCCUCUGUACGACGCUUGUGAACUUGAAGCAUGGCGCGCGGAGGCGGCGCGAAGAUUACCACAGCUUAAAAAACUCGACGGUGAAACUGUACUGAGAGAUGACGGACCUCCUUUAACUGUAGCCGACAUGCAGCCUGAUGGUGGCGAUGCUGUAGAAACAUUGGUGAGCGCCGAGAAGAAUGACUAAAACGAGAAAAUCUACGAAUAAACAUACAAAAAUGACACCUGUUUUUCCAAGCUAUAUAAAAAAUAAGAAUGUUUUUGAUGUUUUC